AUGGAAGGCAAAGCUACCAGUUUAGCAAAUCUCUUGCAGGGUUGCAUAGACAAGAAAGCCCAUUUGGCCGGCAAGCUCAUUCAUGCUUUCAUAUUACGUAGCAAUGGCCUCUUGUCGAAUACUUUCCUCUCUAACCGCCUCGUUGAGUUGUACUCUAAAUGUGGUAAUAUCGGUUAUGCAGACCGGGUGUUUGAUAAAAUGCCUCACCGAGACGUGUAUUCUUGGAAUGCCAUAUUGGGUGGCUACUGUAACUUUGGGAGUAUAGAGGAUGCUCAGGAGUUGUUUUUGAAAUUUCCUGAGAGAAACACCGUUUCCUGGAACACUCUGAUUAGUGCGUUAGUCCGGCAUGGGCAAGAGGAAACUGCAUUGGGUGUUUAUGAUACAAUGAUUUUGGAGGGAUUCAUGCCUACCCGUUUCACGUUGGCGAGUGUGUUUAGUGCGUGUGGAGCAUUGUUGGAUGUGGAGCAUGGUAGGAGAUGUCAUGGUCUUGCCAUCAAAAUUGGUCUUGAGGAGAAUAUUUAUGUGGGCAAUGCUAUACUCUCCAUGUAUGCAAAAUGUGGACUUAUUAGGGAUGCAAUUCGGGUUUUUGGUGACAUGGCUGAGCCUAAUGAAGUUACUUUUACGGCUAUCAUGGGUGGGUUAGUGCAGACGGACAGAGUCAUGGAGGCUUUGGAAAUGUUUAGAAUGAUGUGUAGGAAAGGGGUUCGUAUUGAUUCUGUCUCGUUGUCGAGCAUCUUGGGUGUUUGUGCGAAAGGAGGAGGAGGAGGCGGCGAGUAUCGUCUUGAUGAUCAGGGUGAUGGAUUUCCAUGUAAUGUGAAUGGACAACAAAUACAUGGUCUUACAAUUAAACUUGGAUUUGAGGGAGAUCUUCAUUUGAACAAUUCAUUGCUUGAUAUGUACGCUAAGAAUGGGGAUAUGAAUAGUGCUGAGAAGGUUUUUGCUAAUUUGCCAAAAGUCAGUAAUGUGUCUUGGAAUAUCAUGAUAUCUGGGUAUGGCCAGAUAUGCGAGACUCAGAAAGCUUUAGAAUAUCUGCAAAGAAUGCGAUCUUGCUGUUUUGAACCAGAUGAGGUUACUUAUAUUCAUAUGCUUGCAGGAUGUGUCAAGUCUGGUGAUAUAAAAAGUGGCCGUCAAAUGUUUGAUAACAUUUCAUGCCCAAAUGUGAGUUCAUGGAAUGCCAUUCUCUCUGGCUAUUUUCAGAGUGGGGACCACAAGGAGGCAAUCAAGCUUUUCAGAGAAAUGCAGUUUCAACAUGUGCCACCUGAUCGAACUACCUUGGCAGUUGCCCUCAGCUCCUGUGCAGCAAUGGGGCUUCUGCAGGCUGGAAAAGAAAUACAUGCUGCCUCACAAAAGGCUGCCUUUCAAACAGACGUGUAUGUUGCAAGUGGACUUCUUGGAAUGUAUUCAAAGUGUGGUCAGACAGAAAUGGCAAAGCACAUAUUUCAUAAUAUGCUUGAAUUAGAUAUUGUUUGUUGGAACUCUAUGAUAGCAGGUCUUUCGCUCAAUUCUCAAGAUAAGGAAGCUUUCACUUUCUUUAAGCAGAUGCGGCAUGAUGAGAUGAGACCUACCCAAUUCACUUAUGCUACUGUACUGAGUUGUUGUGCGAAGCUGUCUUCUUCAUUUCAAGGGAAGCAGGUUCAUGUUCAGAUGACAAAAGAUGGAUAUAUGAGUGAUCUCUUUGUAGGGAGUGCUCUCAUUGAUAUGUACUGCAAAUGUGGUGAUGUAGAUGAGGCCAGGAAAUUUUUUGAUAUGAUGCCUAGUAAAAAUACUGUUACUUGGAAUGAAAUGAUACAUGGGUAUGCUCAAAAUGGACGUGGAGAUGAAGCUGUUCUGCUUUACGGGGACAUGAUUGGAUCAAGUCAGAAACCUGAUUGUAUAACUUUUGUUGCUGUUUUGACUGCUUGUAGCCAUUCCGGAUUGGUCGAUGCAGGCAUUGAAAUAUUCAAUUCUAUGGAACAAGAACAUGGAGUGGUGCCAGUUUUGGAUCAUUAUACUUGCAUUAUUGAUGCUCUAGGUCGUGCUGGUCGUUUCCAUGAAGCAGAAGUCCUGAUAGAUGAGAUGCCAUAUAAAGAUGAUCCAAUUAUAUGGGAGGUUUUGCUGAGCUCUUGUAGGGUUUAUGUUAAUGUGGGGUUAGCAAAAAGAGCAGCAGAUGAACUCUUCCGCUUGACCCCAAAUAAUUCAGCCCCUUAUGUGCUUCUGGGCAAUAUUUAUUCUUCUUUAGGAAGAUGGGAUGAGGCAAGGGACGUGAGAGAUCAAAUGAGUGACAAACAGGUCAUUAAGGAUCCAGGUUAUAGCUGGAUUGAAUAUGAUAAGGGCAAGCAAACCGGUAUGGAGGAUGAUAAUUUUAUGAACAAAGUCAAAACAUUUCUCUUGGUGCUUCUUCACGUGGUAUUCUCCUUAUGGAAGCUUGGGAACCAUAAAGAGAAGGUUUUAACGCUGCAGCAUGCAUUUCUCAAGAACCUCACUGCCCCUGCUAGGUUUGCAUCACUGGCAGGCUACUUCAGAAGGUUUUCAUCUCACAGGCAUAUUACCUUUGCAAGUGCCUUUUGCUGCUGGAACAGAUGGCCUUUGGUUUCAUCAUCGAGAGCACAUGUUAUAUUUGCAGCUGACUAUUGUUACAUCAUCACCAUAUAG